CCCAGAUGGAGCUCAGCCCCGCCAACCCCCCCUCAUGAAGGAAACAAAACAGGAGCCCCGGCGGCCUCAGCGGGAUUUCCGCCUCAGCUUUGCAGGCGCGGGGCUCCCAUUUCUCGUCACAUCAGGAGGGCUCGCGCCCCUCCGCUCGCACAGGGGCCGCCGGCCGCCCUCAGCCGCCCUGGGUUGGCCCGCGGGGGAGAGACGGCGAAAGGCGGAGCUCCGCGGAGCCGCGCCCGGCCUGCAGGAGGAGGAGGAGGACUGCGAACGAGCUGCCACCGGACGGAGUGGGGCUGCCUUCCCGCUUCCCCGUAGCGAUGCCUUCUCCCCGAGUAGCCACGCCGCCCGCCUAUUCCGGCGCUUCUCUCGGCUCGGCGGCGUCCGCCUGGCCGCACGGAAAUCAAGACUUUCCUAUGGCAAGAAGUCACAAUUUAAACAGUGUUACAAACAAACCUCCCACAGAUGGAUCUGACCAUACUCAUUAUAUUGCUUACGCCCUGAUUCCUGUCUGCUUCCUCAUGGGACUCCUGGGAGUUUUAAUCUGCCAUAUACUAAAGAGACAAGGGUAUCGCUGUACAACAGAAGCGGAACAAGAAGAGGAGAAGCUUGGUGAAAAAAUAGAAUUGAAUGAAAGUACAAAUGAUAAUGGUGACACUGUGGGACAAAUUGUCAACUACAUCAUGAAAAAUGAAGCAAAUGCUGAUGUGCUGAAGGCUAUGGUGGCAGAUUCCGGCUACCCGGAAAGCCCUACAACGCCAGGCAGCCCGACCAGUCCUAGUUCUCCUUUGUCACCCGGAGGUCCUCCAUCAAAGCACAGUUGCCAUGACCAUCACUUACACACUAUUGGUGGUGUUGCCGGGAAGGGUGUCUGUACUCGCUGUCGCCACAAAAGGUGGCAGCUGUUCAGUCCGACUAAAAAAUCUAAAGAAGCAAGAAGAGCCCGGCACAAAGAAGUCACAGUUCUGUCUGUGGGAAGAUUUAGAGUCACAAAAGUGGAACAGAAAUCUUCAAAGGAACGUAAGAACCUGAUGUCAGUUAGUAGCAUAGAUAGUGUCAAAGGUGAGAUGCCGGCUACUCCAGUUAAAGGAGGCUCUGAAGAGGUCCCUACUACACCUGUUGCUAGACAGGACUCGAAGGAACUUCACUUCAUCUCUGCCAAGAAAGAAGCAAGGGAUCUGGCACCGAAUAACACCUGAACACGAACAGUUGUAGAGAUCCAGUCUGUGGUGGAGGUUUUUGAAGAAGUGCACUUGGAAAAAUGUGUAAUUGAAACACUAAUGCUUCACAUAAGAGACAUUUGAAAAGACCCUAUCGUUCUGCAAUUUCUAUGACAGCAUCUAUGCAAGACUUGGUCCUCGAUACUUAAUAUUUCAGUGACUUAGAAAAAAAUAUUGCCUUUAAUAAUUUGAAGGUUCCUGGGACAUACAGUCAGCAUUUUUAAUUUUUUUUAAAAAAUAUUGUUUGUGCUCAGUUUCAGCAGAGCAAAACUGAACGAAAUAUUUUUUGGUAUGGACAAAGCAGUUGUUGUUUUUGGCAUAAUGUCUCUGCUGCUGGACUGCUGUGGGAAUAUGUAGUCUUGUGCAAGAUUUUCAGAGCAGAAAAAUCCAGUAGGGUGUCCAUUUCUGAGCAUUCAGCCCUGGGACCAAAGCUCUGAACCGUGUGUCUUAACUUACUGCUAGAAUACCAAGGACAGCUAAGUUAAGUUCUGCUUAAUUAUAUUUCCUCUGUAGACUUACCAUAAAUACUGUUUUUGUGCUCUGUGCAAUCUCUAAAUAGCAACAGUGGUCGCGUCUUGAUGACUCUCGUAGAUUGCUGCUUCUUGGCAGAUGCCAUAUUAAACCUGAAGACAUCUCAGGCACCUUAAUCUACUACAAAGAGUUGUAAGCCAGUGGCUUUUGAACUAGUCUGUGACUUUUGUGUCUGCCUGAUGACUUUCAAAUGUUUCUUUUUCGACUGACAGUUCUUCAUUUAUCAUAUGUAAAAUGUGAAGACUGAUAUUUCUCUGCAUCUUCUGAGGAAUUUUCUAAAAUUCUCCAACAGUGGCUUAUUUUGGAGAUUGUGUUGCUGAACAGUCUCUGCAAGAGAGAGGUUAUUUGUGAGCAGUAAAUUUGUGGGAGAAGCUGUCAGUGUCUUAGAACAACUGUCAACUUCAUUUUAUUUUGGAACUCCGAUGGACUUUUAGUCUUGUCCUGGAUUUUGCUCGAGACCCUAACCCCGAAGGAGGAAAUUAAGAUCUUGAAAUCAUGUAACCAAAUCUACCUUGGUAAUAAAUAGUAAUAGUGAACCUACA